UAUUGCGCCUGUGCGCCAGCGGCGUGCGCCGAGGCCUCUGGGUAGGUGGCUCAACCCCGCCUCUCAGUUGAAGGCUCUGACCGCUGCAACUGCGGCGCUUCUCUUCCCAGGAUGGCUACCCUGAUUGUAAACAAGCCAGGAGCGGGACUAGACGGUGGCCGACAGGGCAGCCGGGGGACGGCUGUGGUGAAGGUGCUGGAGUGUGGAGUGUGUGAAGAUGUCUUUUCUCUGCAAGGAGACAAAGUUCCUCGUCUUCUGCUUUGUGGUCACACAGUCUGUCAUGACUGUCUCACCCGCCUACCUCUUCAUGGAAGAGCAAUCCGUUGUCCAUUUGAUCGACAAGUAACGGACCUAGGAGAUUCAGGUGUCUGGGGAUUGAAAAAAAAUUUUGCUUUAUUGGAGCUUUUGGAACGGCUGCAGAACGGACAUAUUGGUCAGUAUGGAGCCGCAGAAGAAGCCAUUGGGAUAUCCGGAGAGAGCAUCAUUCGUUGUGAUGAAGAUGAAGCUCAUGUUGCAUCUGUGUAUUGCACUGUGUGUGCAACUCACUUGUGCUCAGAGUGUUCCCAAGUUACACAUUCUACAAAGACAUUAGCAAAGCACAGGCGAGUGCCUCUAGCUGAUAAACCUCAUGAGAAAACCAUGUGCUCUCAGCACCAGGUGCAUGCCAUUGAGUUUGUUUGCUUGGAAGAAGGUUGUCAAACUAGCCCACUCAUGUGCUGUGUCUGCAAAGAAUAUGGAAAACACCAAGGUCACAAGCAUUCAGUAUUGGAACCAGAGGCUAAUCAGAUCCGAGCAUCAAUUUUAGAUAUGGCUCACUGCAUACGGACCUUCACCGAGGAAAUCUCAGAUUAUUCCAGAAAAUUAGUUGGAAUUGUUCAGCACAUUGAAGGAGGAGAACAAAUUGUGGAAGAUGGAAUUGGAAUGGCUCACACAGAACAUGUACCAGGUACUGCAGAGAAUGCCCGGUCAUGUGUCCGAGCUUAUUUUUCUGAUCUACAUGAAACUCUGUGUCGUCAAGAAGAAAUGGCUCUGAGUGUCGUUGAUGCUCAUGUUCGUGAAAAACUGAUUUGGCUCAGGCAACAACAAGAAGAUAUGACUAUUUUGUUGUCCCAAGUCUCAACAGCCUGCCUUCAUUGUGAAAAGACUUUGCAGCAGGAUGAUUGUAGAGUUGUCUUGGCAAAACAAGAAAUUACAAGGUUACUGGAAACAUUGCAGAAACAGCAGCAGCAGUUUACAGAGGUUGCAGAUCACAUUCAGUUGGAUGCCAGCAUCCCUGUCACUUUUACGAAGGACAAUAGAGUUCACAUUGGACCAAAAAUGGAAAUACGAGUUGUUACAUUAGGAUUAGACAGUGCUGGAAAAACUACUAUUUUGUUUAAGUUGAAACAGGAUGAGUUCAUGCAGCCCAUUCCAACAAUUGGUUUUAAUGUGGAAACUGUAGAAUAUAAAAAUCUGAAAUUCACUAUUUGGGACGUAGGUGGAAAACACAAAUUAAGACCAUUGUGGAAACACUAUUACCUCAAUACCCAAGCUGUUGUGUUUGUUGUUGAUAGCAGUCAUAGAGACAGAAUUAGUGAAGCACACAGUGAACUUGCAAAGUUGUUAAUAGAAAAAGAACUCCGAGAUGCUUUGCUCCUGAUUUUUGCCAACAAACAGGAUGUUGCUGGAGCACUGUCAGUAGAAGAAAUCACUGAACUUCUCAGUCUCCAUAAACUAUGCUGUGGCCGUAGCUGGUAUAUUCAGGGCUGUGAUGCUCGAAGUGGUAUGGGACUGUACGAAGGGUUGGACUGGCUCUCACGGCAACUCGUGGCUGCUGGAGUAUUGGAUGUUGCUUGAUUUUAAAUGCAGCAGUUGUUUAGAGUUUUGUGGUUAAGAGUUAUUUUGCACAAUAACAUAUAAGAAAUUCUAUAUCUCAAAGAUGGUAAUUUAGGAUGCAUAUAUAAAAGAAAUCUUUUUUUUUUUUUUUUAUUUUUUUUUCCCUUGUACUAUUAGCACAGAAUAAAAGAAAUCUUGGAUUGGGAAUUCAGUACAUUAUUGCUUUCAAAUUAUUUUGUAGGAAAAUUUAAAUAUCUGAGCAGAUUAGAUUGGAUUAUUUAGAGAUUUCUUGAAUAUACAUUCUUUUAAAAAGUACAUUUGCUAUUUAAGUUUUUCAGAUUAUAUGUGACUCAGAUAUUGGGAAAGUAGUCACAGAGAAAGGGUAAGUGAAGGUUUAUUCUUUCAGUGAAAAAAGAAUAGCCAACUGAGUGCCUAAGGAAGCCUCUGUGUGAAGCAAGGGGGGAGGUAUAGCUGCUUCUUUACCCUGCCCUUUUCACUGAAUUUUGGCAGUAUGUAGUAGUAGAAAUGACAGUUGCUUAAUGAAAUAGAAUCCAAACUACAUCUUUGGGUAAUAGGAUUACUUUACUUUUAUGUUCAGUAUAAUAGAACACCUUAAAUGCUAAGAACUAUAAGCUAUGGAAAAUUAAUAUUUUAUAUAGUGUUUUAUUAAAACUUUCUCCUAAAGCAUUUUGUAUAAUACACAGUGAGACACAAUGAAAUGUUAUCUAACUGGGCCUGAUUGUCAGAUUAGUAAUAAACUGAAGAACAAUUAAUAAUAAAACUGUGAAAGUUAUUUGAUCUUCACUUAUGAAAAACCCAUUAGUCUUACAUAAUACCUAGGCUUAUGUAUUAUUUCCUAGGUAAGAAGUCUAAAUUGAUCCUUUUAUUUUCAACAUAUUUCAAGAACUUGGUAGUGUUUCUUUCUAAAAUAAUAUUGCAUCCUUUGUGAGUAUGACUAUGGGUAAAAUGUAGAAAGUUACAGAGAACCAGGGUGAGCUUUACAUAAAAGGUAUAGACCUAAAAUGAAAACUAACUUUACUUUAAGAGAAGUCAUUAAAACAGUUGGGAAUGCUUAUUACUUUCCCAUAAUAAGUGCAUUUAUGUUGACAAGAGAACAUAAUGAAGGCUCUUAAUGAUAAGGCCUUGAAAAGUUAUUUAAGAGGAAAAAUAUAUCUAAGGCAAAGGAAUAUUUAAAAAGUUUACAUUACAUUUAUUAUUCAGUGUUGUGAGUAUAUAAAAAUUUUGUGCUCUUUACUGUUUUUCAUUUUUAAAGGAUAUACUCUUACUAUGGAAGCACGAUUUAUUAUAUUUAAAUGGCUAGAUUGAAAUUUUGUGGUUUUUAAAAUGUUCUCACAUACUUUAAGAUGAGGUUCAGUCUUAAAUCUUAUUAGUUGAAUUGUUGUAAGGUCAAUGAUGUCUGAUAACAAGAUAUGAUUUUAGGUGGUACUGUUUUGGUUUAGUCUUUUCAAAUGUAUUUUUGUUUAGAAACAAUAAAACUUUUAGAAAACAAAGCAUUAAAAACAGCCCAUCAGUGUUAUGGGCAACAUGUAAAUAAGUAAAUAUAAUAUUUUAUCCUUUAUUUUUCAAGUAAAAGGUCAUGCUGUAACAAGUGUAGCUUGUGUGCAUAAGUAAUACUUCUGAAUUAAAUUAUUUAAUAUUUGACUGAUUUUAGUAACUGUGAAAAAUAAAAAAGGUGUUACAUUUGCUGUGAGCCCUUGAACUGUGUUCUCUACUAGGUAAUUGAAAAAAAAAUGUAAUACUAACGUGAACUUGCUUCCCUUGUAAGUUAUUGUUUAUUUUAUCAAUAGUGCUACGCUUUUACAUUCAUAACCUUAGCAUAUAACUGAACACAAUUUAAAAACUGUGUUUAUACCUGAUUAUAAUGUAUAUAUAACAGUAGUAUAUGUGUAUGUGAUUUUUUUUUUAAGAAAUAUUUUUCUUAGGCUCCUAUUAAUUAGUUGUGGUUGUAUUCUUUCACUAAUUAUAAGUUAAGAAUGUGACAUUUUUUAGGAAAUGUCAAACUUAAGAAUGAGAGAGAUGUUUUAAAUACAAUAUAGCAGGACUUGCCUCUUAGCUCUGAAUUUCUGUACUAAAUUUAAAUAUUAUUGUAUGAUUUAUGUAAAGCAAGUUUGUCAAAUGUAUAGCCCUGGUCUAUAAUUCAAGAAUGCUUUAUAACCACCAGAAGCCAUUAUUUGCACUACAUACAUGAUCAGUAUAGACAGCAAUAAAGCAUUAAAAUCAUUUUUUAAAAGGUA